AAGUUUCUGUGAGCCAUGAAUGUUUUCAUUUGGGAUAUACUCUACAUUUAGAUUUUCCUGUGGGGCUGUUCUGGUCGUAUGUACCUGCCCCCCCCGUGCAGCUAGGAGGAAAUCUGUGUUUAAGUACACAUACAAAAAAACCAAGGACUGUGGCCCUUUUUGAGUGAGAGUCUUAAAGCGGAUCAGGGACAAUACAGUACACCUUACCUGGAAUUGUUGUUGACAGAGACUCAGUUGUCUACUGAUGCAGAUCAGCUUGCCAUUUGAGGAUCGCUGCUCUGUAGGUAUGCUGGCUUUUGAUACUGUGUGGUGUUCAUUCACGCUUGCCAGCCCCAGCUCAGUAGAUGCCUGCCUUCACUUGUUGUGUUUACAGUGUGUAUGGCGUAAUCAGUUCAUUAUGUGUACACCCAUCAUAGAUGUCUAUCGGCCAUUCAUGAGACAGGACUUCACUACCGUACAUCCACAUACAUGUAUCACUGUAUGAUUGCAGUUCGCAUGUAAAGUGAGUGGUGGUGUACCUUCAGCAUCUCUGGGAUAGCAAACUCAUGCCUCGGAACGCUGUACACGCACAGGUACAUGUACAUCCCAACCUCUGCUCGUUAACUGCAUAAUUAGAACUACAGCACCGAGGUCGUCACUCUGCUCGACCAGAGCUCAACGUUUUGGGACGCACUUUCAGGAAGACCUCCCCCAUCUGGUUUGUGUGUGUCACCAGCUACAUGUAAUUUUUCGAACAUCACGUACAGCACUCCUGCUGGAAUCUUCAAGAUCUCAACUGUUGUUGGGACAAUUUGUGAGAUUCGGGAGCCCUCGCUUGAUCUGCGUUAGGGGAAUUUUAACUACCAGUACGUCUGGCCCGUGUCAUUAAUAUCCUUUUGACGUUGUCAGAGGUCUGUGGUACGUGCACAAAGUGCUACCAGCAGAAUUCUGUUGUGGUGUUGCACUAUUUUGGGAUUGGAAUUUUUUUUGUUCGUUGUUGGCAGUGUUUUGCAGCAACGUCAUUGAUAGGACAACAUCAUCAGAUAUAAAGCAGUGAAAGAUCAACCCAGGCAGCAAGGCAGCUGUAGCACAGAUCCACAUAGGGGACACAGUGGAGAGAAUAAAUGGCCAACCAACAAACAACCUAGACCAGAAUGAUGCUCAGAACCUCAUACGCAACGCAACCUCAAAACUCAAAUUAGCUCUUUCAAAACCACGUCCGUUAAAUGGUCCAGUAAUCCCCAGUAACAACAACAGUAUGUCCGUUCAGACUAGUGCAAGUGUUUCAGAAAUCCAAUUAAGCCCCGUUGCCAAUGGCCGGGUGCGUAAGACUUCACGAGGGGCCGAGAUGUUCUUUAAGCGCCAGGCUGAACAGGGUAUAGCAAGAGACCCAGAUUCUCCGGAAGAGCCUCCCCCUCCUCGCAUGUUGGCCACCAACAACAACCAGUACCCAACCUCUCCUACCUCCCCCAAGCAGAGCUACAGGCCCUUCCAGCCGUCCAUGUCGCCCGGUACCCAGUCUGCCCCCAGUAGUUACAACCCGGACUACGUCUAUGAUGCCUCGGGCGAGUCGUGGCCUGCCCCUCCACCCCCUGUGGCCUCGCCCCUAGUCAGCCAGCCACUGCACAUUGAUGCCAACCCAGGACCGGGAACGUCGCCCCCAAAACCAGCUGCGUGGUCACCUCAGCAGACCAGCCCUUCAUCUUACCGGCCCACAGAGAGCAAGGGCCCCUCUGCCUGGAGUCCAGCAGGACCCGCGCCAGUCAAGGGUUUCAGGCCGGUCAAACUUGACCUGAACCCCAAGCCUAAGCCAUGGAAACCGCCCAGUGCAUCCCAGCCAGACAAAGUCCCUGAGCCACCUUUGACCUCAUCCAACCUGCAGCCAACCUGGCAACCACCUCCUCCAUCCUCAAGUCAGCCGACCGCACCGGUCCCGAACGGUGACCUCCAUAGCCCUCACCGUCAGACCGACCAACAGCCAGCCAGUGAGGGCCCGACCAGCCCUUACCGGCCCAGGGACUACGACCAGGAGAGGUACAAUCCAGGCUAUCAACCACAUCAGCAACAGCCGGACUGGCCUGGUGAGACCCAUCGUAAGGAACAGCCCCGUAGUCCCCAGGAAACUUACAAACCUGAGUUUCGACAAGUUCCAGAAGAGUACAGCAGUAGUUUACCUCGCUCUGUCAGUCCAACGGUGACGCUACUCAGAAAUCAGAGAGAAAGGGAAAAGGACCACCGGAGCCAUGCUGAAUACCUUCCACCUGAUAGUUCGCUUAUGCCGCCGUCUUUAGUGGCCAAAGUGCCCUCUAGAGUAGCCAAAGAGCCAGCCACUCACUCAGCCAAACCGUUGCAUGCUGGCACAAAUGUGUCAGUCACCACUGAUCCCAGUGAUCUUCCAGAGGGGGCCGUUUUCCAGAAACAGACAGUAGAGGGUGAUGUCAUCCACACCGACACCUACUACCCGGUCAAGACCCGGGAAGUGACCAAGAAGACAGUGCACAAGGAGGCACCACGAUACCAAGGCAUCGGCCCCAAGGAUGAGACAGGACUGCCCAUUGGCUUGAGAGCGCAUGUGAAAGAAGAAAACAGGCAUGACUGGUACAAGGAGAUGUUCAAGACCAUCCACAAGCAGGACAGGCCAGAGGAUGAAAUUGACCAAACGUACAUGGAUGCCUUAAUUCAAGAAGCUAACUCGUAUGAACCCAGCUACAGUUUCCCGGAUGCUGUGGAUGUGAAGGACAAUGAUGACAGUGUGUUUGAAGAGGAAGCGCCCCCUGUUGUCCACUCAUAUCCAGGCAGGAGAGCAGACCAGUGGAGUCAUGAUCCAACGUUGCAUGUGUCACCACCAAAAUCACCACCACACAGGCAACAUUCACCAAACACCAGCGCCCGCAACACCAUUGACCGCUACCACCAGCAACCUCGCAGUAUCAUUGACUAUGAGCCAGGGAAAUCGUCGCUGGCAGAGAGAGACAAAUCGCCGACGGCACAGUUGUACAAUCCACCAAUUGAGCCCAUAUCAGCUGUGCAAAACACGAAGAAAAGCACAACCCUGCCAAGGGAUUUUGCUCAAUUCAACCAAGUCCCAUCUGAAUCGCCCUCGGCAAGGCAUCUCUCCCCUAAACAAGGCACGAUCCCAAGCAUUUUCUCUACUAACCCUAACCUAUGUAGUCCAUCGACAUUCACCACAGUGAAUUGCUUGCGAGGAAAUAAUUACCCAUCCACUCAGAGCAUGAUUCCCCAAGAAACUGCUAGCCAUUUAGAGUUUCGACCCAAUCAGGAUGCUGUCUUGGACAACAUUGCUAAGAAUAUCCCUCUCUCUAUGGAUGUUACUGAAACAGACCCCAUAGCAGCAGUAACAUAUAAUGUAACACAUUUUCAUUUACAGAAAUUUUCCAACUGCUCAGUCAAAGACAUGUCAAUGAGCAGUGGUCAAAAUUCCAAACAUGACUCCGUUGCUUCUUUUCCAUGUCAAUAUCAUGAAUUACCACAAAAGAUGACUCUCACACACUUGAACAAAGUACAGUACUCUCAGAGUCCACCAUCAGGAGUCUUCAGGAAGCCUCUUUUGGACUUAGGGGGAGCCCCAACCCCCAUCCGGCCUGAUGGUACCGCCCAAUCAGAGGCAGCUUCAAGUGGGAAUGAAGCAAGUUCUCAGGGUAACUCCAUUAGAGAGCAGGUGGACAAUGCCAGCAAUGGAAGUGAUGAUCUGCCUGUGAGGUUUGGCCCAAGGGGAACAGCUGACGGGUGUUCAGGAGUUGACUAUGCUGGUAUUGUGUGUCAGGUAAACUCAGAUGGUAAAAUUCAGUGCCAUGACUGUGACACAGGAGAAAAUUUUGAACCCCGCUACCUCCCAAGACCCACAUCUUUGUUUGAGCCAUACUCCCUCGAACGGGAACAAGAACGCAGUGCCUCUCAGCCCUCAUCUGCUCCUAGAAAUCAGGGGAUCUCUUUGAACCUUGCGCCUCGAUCGUCUGCAUCAGCUUCAGUCAACAGUAGCCUUCCAGAUCUGGCUUUAAAAUCAGAGGACAGUGUCAUCUCGAUGGACACACAGAGUGACAAAUCAGGCCCUUCAGUUGAUGGCGACGACGGUCAGAAAAUCCCCAAACCAGGAUCUUUAAGCCCUGACCAGCUAACAGCUGAUGGAGAGCAGAAACUCAAGAGAGGUAGAAUAGGUGUGAAACACCAGAAGCUGAAGCACAUCAAGAAGCACCGCUCAGAGAGGCAUUCUCCUAAAGAUGAAGACUUUGAUAUGCUUCCUUACAGUGAGCGUCCUAAUGCCAGAAACUUUGCUCCUUUAGAGAAGAGACGGGCCAUCUCAGCUGAGAACCUCUCCCUGGCUGUCAAGUCACCUGCUUUCAACCAGGAGUCUUACCAGAAGUAUGCCACAGGGCUCAAGAAGGCCAGCCAACAGUCCAAGACCUAUGAAGACUUGGUGAAGUUCUACUCAGAGGUGAAUCGCCACCUUGAGCAAGAUGACAAGGAAAGAGUGGAAACUAUGAAGGAGAAGUACCUGCCCAAACCAGCCCAGUUGGAGAGGUUUUAUAGGACACUUCAGUACUUUCUUGAAUUAGAGAUGGCAAUACAGUAUGGAGAGAAGAUAAUGGACAAAGGAAAGAUAGACGGCUUCUCCUGGCACAAGAACACUGAUGCUGGGCUGAAGAAGAAGGAAAAAGACAUCUUUGAGCUCUAUGACUUUUUUGAGAAGUUGGAGCGUGGUGCCAUUGGAUUGCCGAUCACUGAGCAAAAACUAGAGCAGAUACGGAUGCACACUUACUUGCAGAAAGUCAAGGAAUUGGAAUCCAGGCAGUUACGUGUGGGCCAGUUGUAUGAAUGGUAUGAAAAUAUAGAAUCCUUGGGAAGCGCCACACCCUCCUUGGCCAACAGUCAAGUAGCAUCUCUACCAGAUUUUGAGGACCCUGGAGAAGGUGGUCCAAAUGAGUCAUCAGGUCUCUCACAAAAUAUCAUGUCUGAAGGAGAAAGAAACCGGCAAGUGCCCAAAGUAAACCUUAGUUUGGAGGAGCUUGAGUCACUUAUUCCAAGGGUUCCAAUGGUUGACCUGCCGUUAGAAAGCUUCCCCAGCAAACACAGACCUCUUGGAAGGGCCAGCACUUUGCCCCGUUCGUACAUCAAGAGCAGUGAUCGUGCAUGGUCUCCUGUUGGGAUGCCCUCUGUAGAGCUCAGGAUGGAGGAAAAGCUAAAGCCAGAGGACCAGGUGGACAGUCUCCAAAUGAAAGUGGAGGGGAAACAUGAGACCAUUACCAGACUUGCUCAGCCCUCAUCAGUAGUCUUAGAUGCAGGCAGAAAGACCCCCCCAUUCAUGAUGACUGGCAGACCUUCGCCCGUCUCCCGACGCAGGAGCUUUGACGAGGCCAUUGCAGGCACAGAAGGUCAGGAGGAGCUUGAGGAUCGACUGGACCCAGUCAGUACCAAUGAUAGUUACAGGAAUGAUCCAAUAUUGUGCAGAAAAGGACCAGAGAAUCUGAAUAGUCCAGUUGAUGGUGGUAUUUCUAAAAGCCACCGAGUCUCUCCACCAGUUUCUCCAAGAGAAGAAGUUGUAAGACCUGGAAGCCCUGAUGCAAGUGCCCCUCCAAAGCUUCCAGAACGCUCCAUGUCCACCGGGGUCCUUGGAAUUAGGCGUGUCCUCGGUUCCAUGUACAAUCCAGGGCUUGGAAGGCUCCAGCGCUGGAAUAGGGCAGACCUGUCUCAGAUCGAAGAUGAGGACUCUGAGCCAGACAAGGAAAUCCCAUCCACGCCCGAGUCCAGGUGUAGGGCACCCCCUAUUGGCCAAGUUGGCAAGAUGCAGUCUGAUUCUUCGCUCCCUUCGGUGCCCAGAUUUGCAGGGAAAUCCCUGGACAAGGGUGGCAUGAAGAAAUUCACUCAAAGCCAGAAUGAAGUGGGACAAGGCAGAGGUUGGCGAAACUUCAACACCAGCCCACAGCCAUUUAAACCCCUGUAUCAGAUGAAGUCACCAAUCAAGGAAACAGACCAGGAGUCCAGUGUGGCUUCAUUUGACCUCGAGCCAGUGGAAAGUCUUGUUGGGGAUAAUCAAAUAGAUGACCUUCCAGUAACCUUUGAUCCCUUCAGCCAAGUCCAGAACCAGCCCCGGCUUCAAGCUGCUGUUAAAACACCACAGUCUCAAAUCUCAUCGAGCCAUUGCACAAAGUCUCAAAGCUUGACUGACUCUUCUUCUGAGCUUGACCACAAGUCCAAAAUUCAACUGUUUGAGAAGAAGAUCAUCGAGCAGCGAAGCACAAACUUGCAUCAUGCAGCACCAUCACCACCACCACCUCAAAGGCAAACUUCAAAUGAGCCAGUCAUGGUCAAGGAAGACCAGCAGUCUGACAACUUGCGUGUUAUUCAUGUCAGGAAGUUGAGUGAGGAGAUAAAUGCGCAAAAAUCCAGUGAGGGGCAUGGUGGCUUAGUCAUUGGAAUUUUCAGUAAGCCACAGCCCAAGCAAGAGGCAGAGAUCCCCAACUGGCUGCCCACUCCAUCUCCCCAGCCAGAGCUGUAUAUGCAUCCCAGAGAUAACUACCUGGCCCAGUCCUUGCCCGACAAUUUCCACUUCUCAGCUGGUGGAGAAAAAUCAGGGAUGCCCCCCGCAGGAGUAGUGGAUCAACUAAGGAGUGUCUCUGCCAGUGCUGAUUGCUCUGGUGUUGACUGGGGCAAAAGGCCCCUUUUGAAAUCCCAGAAGCCUGACCAACCUGAGAGAGUGAUCACUAGGUAUGCUUUCUCCACUGAUGAGGUUUAUGAGGAACGAACACCAGUCCCUUCAAGGAACGUCAGUCCCUUGCCUCCUAGUAUCAGCAGGUAUGACAUCGCUGGUGCUCGACAUUGGACAGAUGCGGACAGACCCAGAUUAAUACGGGGUGAUACACAGGCUUUGAAGUCAUCUGCAGAGUUGGUAUCUCCCCGCUCUGAGAGCAAUGAGGAGUACACCCCAGUUGCUUCCAGAAGUAUCAGUCCUUUGCUUCCUGGACUGGCAAGGGACAUCCCUAUCCACAGAAAAGAGGAAGUGUUAGAUGGUGCCAAAAAGGCAGAGAGUGAUGUACAACCUUUCAAGUCUUAUCCCACGAUGGAAUCCACUCAUUGUCACAGUCACCCUCAAACUGAGCAGAGUGCCAGUAGUUUAAGCAGACAGAGGGGCAAAGCUGUUGAGGGUAGCCAACUCCACCAGGACAGCAACAGGGCAUCUGAACUCCAUCUUAAUCUGAAAGAUUUGGACGUUACUGACAGCAAUCCUCCUGAUUCUCCACAGGACACAUUCACCCCGUCCUGUUCGUACUCCCCAAGCCCAACCCCCAGUCAGGAUUACCUUGAUGACGACUCUUCCAUCCGGAAUCGCUGGUAUCUAGCACGUGACACCAGCCAAGGAGUUUCUUCGAGGCUCAGGCAACACAAACCACACAGCCAAUGGCCUGAGCUAGAAUCGGAAAACGUCUUCUACUGGGACACCUACAUCCCAACCAGAUACAUAGGAGAAGAUCAGUCUGGUGUCAUUCCAGAGCAGGGGCCUCCUCCCAACAGAGAAAAUCCAAAUUCCUGUGAUCUUACCCCAACAAAUGAUUGGUCCGAGUCUUACAGCACCCUUCAGGCUCUGUCUCCAGAGCCUCAAAAAUAUGACUCACACUCAUCUCAGCACACUCACUCAAGGCCCAGACUCACAGAUUAUCAAACACAAGCACCUCCUGAACAUCCCAAAAAUAGAUCGGUCCAAAAUUUGAGGCAGAGGGUAGACUCUCCGGCAAAUAUAAAGGCAGUCCAGGCCAAGUCCUAUGCACUUCCCCAGUCUAAGGCCCAUUCAAAGACUCCUCCAAAAUAUCCUCGGGGACACCCUGUGGACGAAUCGCAGAGUCCCCUCCCUUCAAGCGGGUAUCCGAGUCCCAGGGCGCUUAAGGGGGAUGCCUUGGUUCCCCAAAAGUCAUCGACCUUGCCGCAGCAGAGGAAAAGCCCCAGAUUGAAAGAGGAGCCCAUUCGUUCAUCUAGCAGGCCACAGUCUUCAACUUUGCCUCGGGCAAAGACCAAGUCACGAUCCCUCGAAAGUAGCGGCCUGUCCGCUGCCGAACGUCUGGGCAUCAAAAGUCCACCCCCUCAAAGGACUCCCUCGACAGGGUCCAAGCCAAGUCGGCACUCGUCGGGAAGUGACAAGAUCUACAACUAUAGGGACCCACCCCCAACAUUAGACAAGACAAAAGCAGAGAAGCUAAUCGAGGAGGAGAGGAAGAAGAGGGAGCAACUCUUAGCGGAGGAGCAGAGACAGCGACGGCACUCGGACUACACGCCCCUCAAGUCCCCCAUCAUCACCAACGAGAGGUUCCGAGAUCCGGUCAUCAGCGCCAAAGAGGAUGGCCGCAAGCAAGAGGUUCGAGCAUGUGCCAUCGCGCUUUACCCCUUCAAAGCACAGACGCACAAGGAAUUGAGUUUCGGGAAGGGAGACAUCAUCUAUCUCCUGCGGAAGAUUGACAAGAACUGGUUCGAGGGGGAACACCACGGCCAUGCAGGGAUCUUUCCGUCCAGCUAUGUGGAGGUUGUCACCUCCCUUGAAGAUGCCAAGAGGGCUCAGAUCCACGGACCAGGUUUGGAGGGCAAGGCUAGGGCCAAGUACAGGUUUAACGGUGAGACACAGAUGGAACUCAGCUUCAACAAGGGAGAGUACAUAGUGCUCAUCAAGAAGGUUGAUGCCAACUGGUGGGAGGGGUACAUUGGAGACAGAAAAGGAAUCUUCCCUGCCGCUUACGUGGAAGUGCUCCGAGAACCUACAGGUGUCACAAGUUCCCCGUCUGGGAAAAGUCAAGCAACAACGAGUCACACACCUUAUCAACCCUCCAGCCAGCAAAUGACACAGUCCAGUCCCAAGCAUCAGCAGAGACUGCAGGCCGCACCAAGCAGCCAAGCGGGGAGGUCGUCUUUGGGAUCAUCUGGUAGUCAAGGCUCGUACGGUAGUAGCCAGAGGGAGCCUGAGCGAUACUUUGAAGAGCAUGCUCCUAAGCCUAGUAGGACACUUGCAGCCGCUCAAGAUCUCUAUGUGGCCUCGUUUGCCUACAUGCCGCAGAACGAGGAUGAGAUUGAGCUGCAGGAAGGAGACUUGGUGAACGUCCUUGAGAAAUGCGAUGACGGUUGGUUUGUCGGAAUGUCAGAGAGAACUGGAAUGUUUGGCACCUUCCCCGGAAACUACGUCUACAAACAGGAAACAUGAAAAACUGAAGCCUCAACCUAUCUUUCACUCUUGAAAGAAAUCAUCUAGUGUUUUGACCUGUAACAAAACUGCCAGAGCUUUCCCAGAGGAAUCCCCGAGGUAAACAUGCGUCAAGGUUAUCCUGAAGGUCAGAGGCCAGAGGUCAUGCCAGUUGUAUCUUGUCUCUGCUCAGCAGGCCUGGGAUAAUGAAAGGCCCUCACUCUGUUGCAUUUUUAGAAGAUGAAGAAGGUGCAAUUUCAGCUGCACUCCCAUGAUGCCCACUUCUUGGAUGUGCUGAGAUACCAUCCCUAACUUGUUCAUGCGUAUGUAACCCAAUACAAUAAUGAUAAAGCAGGCAUGUUUCUUUGAGAUGUUCUGUACAUAAUUGUAGCUUUGAGGCCCACUAAUUUGUUGUUUUUUUUGCCCCAAGCAUGAUUUCUGGAUUUAAUAGGUACAAACUGUAAAGUGCCUUACCUAAGUGCAUGUGUGUGCUACUUUGAACGAUAGAGAAAGGUAUUGCCAAAAUAUUACAAGAAGUCUACAGGUAAAUUGAAGUCAUUAAUUCAGUAGUGCUUAUUGUUGUUCAAGCUCAGUGUGUCAAUUCUUGCUUAGAAACAAAUUCAUAGUGAACAAAAUGCCUUCAAACAGUGCAUAUGAUGUGGCACCUCACGUAUUUAAUGUAAAUAAGAUUGAGCUAAAUAGUUUGACAAGAAUAGAUUAAAGUAUGUAUUUUCACCAGUUAGUGUAUUCACAGGGAUGAAAUAUAUAUGAAUUUAUUAAACUACUAAUUGAUAUCAAAUGAUGGGUACUAAAAAAGUAAACAAAAAUUGACACAUGAAACUAAAACUUCUGUGCUGCCAUAAGUUAAAAUUUGUGUGUAUUUAAAUGAUUUUGUAAGAAGCAUAUUCAAAGUGCAGCAUUGCUUUGAAAAUGACCAGGUAAUUCAUUUAGAAUAAACACCGAAAGAAAUAUGGUUUCGUGUGAUGCCCUUUGUUUAUGUUUCUAGAGUAAGAUGAUCAGUUUGAUAUCUGGAGGGGGAAUGCUCUUCCCCCAGCCUAUACAUAAAUCCAAUAGAAGUUGUGUAGGGUGGAGGAAAACGUAAACCCUUACUGGAAAUAGAUAAAGUGUGGUCCGAUCAAACAAGAGUUUGUGAUAAGCCACCAAAGGUGGUAUUGAGCUGCUACUUUGGUAAAUUGAACAGACCGUGUUUGCCGAUUUAGAUACCUGGGGCUGACUGUUUUUUAACUUUGAGCAUAGAAGUUUGCUUAGUACAAGACUACCAGCAAAAUGUCACUUGGCCUUACUCUUAAACCAGCCUUCUUAACUUCAAAGCUUGGUAAUACCCUUAUAAAUUUCUGAAAACUUUAUAUAAGUGGGAAUGGAAUUAUGUAACAGGGCAAACCUUUGUAACCGUCCUUGUUCUCAAAAGAGUGAUAAAAAGUCAUGUUAGUGUUUUUCCCAAAUGACAAAAAAGGUUCAAAGCGAGGCCGGGUGCACCUGUCAUUUCAACACAAUAGUCAGGCACCUUCCCAUUUCAGAGUGUUCGGGGAGCAUGAUCCAAAUUGGCUGUCUUGUGAAUAAAGCUCAUUUGCUUGCCACACGUUCUUGGAUUUUUUGUGGUAAGUGCAUAAUCAAAGCACAAUUUUUGGUUUAAAAUCUUCCCCAUUAAAUUUGCCCCUGAUGACAGAUGUACUCCCAAAUGCUUACACGAUGGUAAACAUUUGGAAACCCAGACUGUCAGCAAGACUCAGUUUUACUAGAUCAGUGUUACAAGUUUCUUAGUGAUUCACAAGAAGCCAGAUGCACAGCUAUCCCGAUGAAUGUUUAUUUAUCCAGAUGACUCGGAGACUUGUGCUAUGAAGCUGUCAAGCUCACUGUCAUAUUGCCUGAAAUUUAUUCAGUAACCCCCCCCCAUUAUGUUUGCUUUGGAUUGCUUGCAACAACUUUCAGCCUGCUGUGUUGUCCUUAAAUUUUCUGUCGACAAUUCAAAAUAUACUUGGCUGUUGUCAGGACUUCUUACUGUUUGAUCAUUUUGAAUGUCAUGGUUGUGCAAGUAGAUGGGACGCAAUAUGGGUGGUGCAUUACGGUACAUGGUGUAGCAAUGAGCAUUGUGGAAUCGAUGGCUGUGGUGUCACUCUGAAGUGGGUCAUUACAAAAUAGAGCUUUUUCUCCCACUUCAGUUGUGUGGUCUCAAACUGAAGGUUUUGUAUGUCUUUGAAAAGUUACUGCCCACUAUCAUGUGUACAUCUUUUAGAAAUGUCAAAAAUCUCAUUCGUCGAGUCAAUUUAUCCAAACACAGACGGCAGUUGUGAUAAACGAACAUAUCCCGAAUUUUAGUAAGUAGAUUUAUGUUUAUCAUGCCCUACAUUUGUACCUUUAACUUAAUAAGGGAAAACAAUAUUGUGAUGAAUAAUGUUUACAGCGUCUCUAUUGAAGUUAAACAUAUAGAGCUGAUGACUGAUUUGUAUCGCUAUUUCUAAAGAUAGAUUACAGCCUAGCCAUGAGGUUUUCAGACGGCUUGAAGAAUUGAUACAUUACCUCGACAGUGCAAGUUUCAGCUGGAAAAUAAUAAAGGCGCUAAUGUUAAGGACAGAUUGUUGGAGAUGCAUUGCGUUCGAUAGACUGUGUAAAGUUUUUGCUGCCAUAUGUUCUAGUAUGCUGUUUGUAUCAUUUUGUUUCCUUUUUUGUUGUUGGCAGGAUCAUGUUAUCCAUUUCUUUUUAAGCAAAUGAAAACCUGUGUACAUAUUUAUGUGUAAUAUUUGUUAGGGCUGUAGAUUAAAAGUAAGUUGUGGGAUUGAGUUGUGUCAAUAGGUUUUUUUUUAUUGAGUCCAAACGUUCUUGAUGAAUAUUUUGUGCUAGUAUUUUUGUGGCAAUUUAUCUGGAAGAAAUGCCGUAAUUCACUAAAUAAGUAUUCAACUGAGAGUAUUGUUUAAAUAUUCUUGGAACUUAGAAUAUAGCGAAUCAAAUUUGAUAUUAAACACCAUCAAUUUGAAAUUUGGUAUUGAAGCUUUAAUUACUCUAGUACAAAACAGAAUUUAAGAAAUGAUAGAUUACUACAUUUGCAAAAUAGCUUCAGAACCGUGUUAUCUUAUUAGAAACUAUGUGUUGUCGAAAACGAAACCGUUCUCCCCGGAAAAGGUUUCAUUCUCCGUUUUUAAAGGGAUUUAAUAUAAACUGUGAUGUGUAACAUUAUAACAUACCUGCACUUAGUAGGAAAUAAAAUAAGCUUCACCCAUGCACUUACGCUUUUCACCCAAUGAAAAUGUGAUGGUUUAUUGCGUGUAAAACGUAGGUUUGUGUUAUAGAAGUGUGCAGAUUCUAAAGUUUUCGAUUUUGUCAGAGAAAGUUUAUUUGUUGUGUAUGUUUGAAUAUUAAUUAAUUGCUAUUGCAGCUUGCAGUUCGAAGCUAAUAUACAGCUAGUCAUAUUUAUUAGUCUUUACGUAUGUUUCGGCCUUAGCGAAAUUGGCUAUUAGUAAUACAUAUUUCAGGUAAUGCCGAUAAUGUUCCUCAUGCUAUGGAGAUGAAAACAAACUAGAUUUCCGUAUAGUGUUGGGUACAUACUAGAGGAGUUCUCUGUUGGUUGAUAUGAAAUCAGCUGUUUUGAAAUAUUGAAAUUUAUAACACAUUUUGUACAGUACGUUUCCAAAAGGUGUUGAAUUAUUCAUGAGCUAUCGAGUAUUCAUGAGUUUAUUAUAAAAGUCGUUAAUCAUUAUUUUAAUGCAUGAUAUAGUAAGCAUUUCACAUGCCUCAAAAAGUAGGAAAGCUAUUUGAAGUAGCAUAUUCAUAAUUUAGUGGCGGAUCUGAACUGUAACAUUUUUGUAUUUCCACUAAGGCUACCAGGGUACGGUGAUAAUUAGUUUACUAACGUCCAUUAUGACAGAGAUAAAUUUGUACCUUUUUCUGUUGCGUAUUCUGCGUAAAAACUUUAGUGAUUAGAAUCGUCCCUUUUCCCCCCAAAUCCAUAAAAUUGACUUCGGAAGUUCUUAAUAAAGCGAUACCGGUAGCUUUUUUAUAGGAAUUUUGCCAACAGCCCAAACCACGUUUGAUUUCACCACGCCUCAAUUUAUAAUGCACCUAGUACAUUUUUGAUGUUAAGUGCAUCUUUUUUCACAGCGCUUGUAUGUUGUAUGCGUCAAAAAUAUUAAUUAAUAUCGUUCUGUGCGUAUUUGCAAAGUAGCCAGCUUAUGAGCAUAUCCGUUGUAGAAACAAGCAGGAAAAGACGACAAAAAUAUUUAACAUGCAAGGCAUUCAUUGCUUUAAGUUGGACUAGAUUCAGUUUAUAUCAUCAGCAAAGGCGUACUAAUCAUCGAUGUUAGGUUUAAUGCCUGCGACUUUGAGUUUAUUCGGAAUGUUAAGAUUUCUGUCAUUAGUAACUUUGGUCUGGGCAGAGACACCAUACCGAUAUAGCGAACUGCAUUAAAGAUUGGAAACAACACUGACA